GUUCUUUUCAAGGUUGUGGUCCAAUCAACUGAAACGUAGGAGGGCGCUAAAAUGGAUGACGUUCCUCCGCGGCUCAUUGUUGUGCAUUGAAGGGGCGGCAGGAGAGUCUCACGUAAACGAUAACCAAGUAAUACUUUAUAGCAUCAGUGAUGAACAGGAUUCGGAUCCACGUGCUGCCGUCCAGCAGAGGUCGAGUGACUCAAGCUGCUCGUACCCAAGAACCUCAGACCUGCUCUUACGCCCAGAGACCAUGUUCACAGCCUCGCCUGGAGGGCCUAGAGUUCUGCAUCAAACAUGUACUUGAAGAUAAAAAUGCUCCCUACAGGCAAUGCAGCUAUGUGUCCAACAAGAAUGGCAAGCGCUGCCCCAAUGCAGCCCCAAAACCAGAGAAAAAAGAGGGGGUAUCGUUCUGUGCAGAACAUGCACGCAGAAAUGCUUUGGUGCAACAAGCUCAAAUGCGGAAGGCAUCCACUUCAGGACCUUCCCCUGAAGUUUUGCUGUCUCAGAUCAGUGGAUACAGUCAGCUGGAAACUGGAACUUAUGGUCAAGAGGGCCGUAGUGAAGCUAGCCGCAUACUAGAUGAAGAGAGUUGGAGUGAAGAGGAGCAGGAUCCUAUUGUUUUGGAUCAGACAUGGAGAGGAGACCCUGACAGUGAAGAUGAAAGUCUUGACAGUGACCACGAAGACCCUUUAAAGCAUGCGGGGGUGUACACAGCCGAGGAAGUAGCACUCAUCACGCGUGAAAAAUUGAUCAGACUUCAGUCUCUCUACAUAGACCAAUUUAAACGUCUGCAACACUUAUUAAAAGAAAAGAAACGCCGUUACCUGCACAGCCGCAAGAUUGAACAUGAGACCAUUGGGAGCAGCCUUUUAACGGGUCCAGAGGGGCUGUCCAUGAAGGAACGAGAGAACCUGAAAAAACUAAAGGCUCUGCGACGUUAUCGCCGUCGCUAUGGUGUGGAGGCCUUGCUGCAUCGCCAACUCAGACAAAGAAGACAAGCAAUUACUGAGGGAGGAACGCCACAGACGAUGCGUUUAAGCCAGAGAUGCAUUUCCUUUGUGGAAGGGACUCGCUGUUCAAAUCCGUGUCUGCCAAUGACACGACAUUGUGUCUCUCACAUUUAUCAAGAUAGUAGCCAGGUUUUAUUCAAAAUGUGCCCUGGUCUGAAGGACGUUCCGUGUGAUCGUCCUGUGCACAUGGGACAGUCAGAAGAGCCCCGCUGUCCUCUGCACCUGUCCCUGCCUCCUCCCAUGUACCAGCCUGAGCAGGAGGAGUCUAUUGCCCCGGAGCAGCUGCCGUCUGCACCCACAGACAUGUACCUCAGUGCCGCAGAGCUCCAGCCAACAGAAAAUCUACCUCUGGAAUUCAGUGAUGAUCUUGACGCUGAAGAUGAGGGUUUGCAGUGUCCCCCGUCCCCCUUGCUGUUCGACACAGCGCUUGCAUUAGAAGACCAGACCAUCAGAGCGAUCGCCGAGGCCCCCAUGGACAUACUGACAGGGGCGGAGCAGGGCUAUCUGGAUGGCUCUUCCCAAGAUGCUGAGCUCUCGGAGAGAGACGAGGUGUCUGUGGAAGAUCAGGUUGAAUCUGAAAUACUUGAAGCAGUUCCCAUGCAGAAUUCAUCAAAGGACUCUGACACGAAAACAACAGAUGCCUUAUCCUGAGCACCUCGUGACCUGAUUUAAUCAGCUGUCGUACUGUUGAUAUAUCAAACAGGCCACAUAUAUAUUUAAAAGCCAUAUUUCCGGAAGCUUGCUUUGAUUUUUAACAUUCUCAUUACUUACUAAAAUAGUACAGCAGCACAUGUUCUGAUAUAGACUGUUAGUGUCUUGUGAAACUAAAGGGACAGUUAUAUGCACAGCUGGAGGUUUGUGUUUUAUAUGGUAAAGAUGAGGUACAUAGUUCACUACAAAAAUUCUCAGAGCACCAUUUCUACUUUUAUCCAGUACAUUUCUGGUUCCAUAUGGCAUUUAUAACUCAUAACUGGGAUUCGUUCACUAAAAUAAACCUUUACAUCUCA